CUCGUCGAUCACUCCUAUAUACAGCUACAUGCCAGUUCAGACCGCUAGUCUCUCAUGUAUCAAGACACAGAGUCACCGCAAUCGGUCUCGUCAAUCGCAAGCUCACGGAUGGCAUCGGCCUCAGCCUGAUCUCGCGAGAUGGACGCCCUGAAAGGAUGGUUCAACCCGUCCAGGAAACCACAGACGGGUUACCUACCGCUUUCCCAGAACAGGGAAGAUGACGAACAUUCUAACUCCGGUCUAUCUAGAAGCACAGAUGAUCAAAGAUUCACGAGUGAUGAUCCAAAGCCUCAUCAGCGCGAUCGGAAUUCGGAGGACGACCUACUCCCGCUGGAGUUCUUCGGUAUCGAGUUACAUCCAGAUACCUAUGGUCUGUUGGAAGACGACCAAGCUCUCUCCGAAGCUUUCGGGAUUAAUGGCCUAAAAGACGUAUUCAGCAGCCGGAUCGUAGUGAUCUGCGCAAUCUCUGCAUGUCUAGGCGGGCUGUUGUUCGGGUUCGACCAAGGCCUCCUCUCGAUCGUCCUCGUCAUGCCUCAAUUCCUACGUGUUUUUCCCGAGGUCGAUCGCGUUACUUCUCCAAGGGCGGAGUUUAACAAGGGCCUGAUGACAGCAACCCUAGAACUCGGCGCGCUCCUCGGCGCACUCCUAUCAGGGUACAUCUCCGACAAACAUUCUCGGCGGCUCUCCAUCGCCUUCGGUCUUUGCUGGUUCAUAACCGGAUCUACCCUCCAAACUUUGUCUAAGGGUUACCUGAGCUUGGUCUGGGGAAGGGGGUUGGGAGGGGUUGGGAUUGGGGUUUUGAGCAGUACGGCUCCGAUUUAUGUGGCCGAGAUCUCGCCGCCGAAUAUCCGAGGGACGCUCUUGGUCGUCGAACAGUUCAUGAUCGUCUUCGGGAUCGUAGUCAUGUACUACAUCACCUACUUCACCCGCCACAUCACCGGAGAAUGGUCAUACCGCCUCCCCUUCCUCAUCCAAAUCCUCCCCGCUCUGCUCCUGGCCAGCCUGCUCUACUUCCUCCCUUACUCGCCCCGCUGGCUGGCCAGCCAAAAAGGCAGGGACCUCGAUUGCCUCCAAGUACUCGUCCGGCUGCGCAAGCUCCCCCCAAGUGAUCCUCGGGUUCAAGCUGAAUGGAUCUCCAUCCGAACGGAAGCCAUCCAUUCACGUCGAGCGUUCGCCCAGCGUCAUCCAGAGUUGUCGAAGUUGGAGCCGAAGUCGGAAGGUGGUAAAGAGGGCACUGGGUUGGGUUGGGGAAUGUUUGCCGAUCUCAAGAAGGAAUGGGCUGAGUGGGUGGAGAUGUUCGGACUCGAGGUGAUCAAGCGGACGCAUGUCGGGAUGGGGAUCAUGUUCUUCCAGCAGUUCGUCGGUAUAAACGCCUUGAUCUAUUACAGUCCGACAUUGUUCGAAACGCUAGGGCUGGACUAUGAACGCCGGCUCUCGUUGUCGGGGAUCAUGAACGUCGUCCAACUCGUCGCGGUCAUUAUCGCCCUGGUCUACAUCGAACGGUUCGGGAGGAAGACGUGGUUGUUCAUGGGUUCGAUUGGGAUGACCUUGUCGCAUGUCAUUGUAGCCGGGAUGAUCGGCAAAUACUCUGACGACUGGUCCUCUCACCCCAUCCAAGCCUGGAUCGGGGUCAGCGCGAUCUUCACCUUUGUCUUUACCUUUGGCCUCUCGUUCGGCCCGAUGGGCUGGCUCAUCCCCGCCGAAGUACACAGCUCGUCUUUCCGUUCAAAGGGGGUCGCUUUGGCCACGUGUACGAACUGGAUGAGCAAUUUUGUCGUCGGCCUGAUCACCCCGCCUCUGAUCCAGAAGACGGGGUACGGGGCGUUCUUGUUCUUCGCUGCGUUCGGCUUUUCAUCCGGCUUGUGGGUUUGGUACUUUGUGCCCGAGACCAAAGGCAAAUCCUUGGAACAGAUGGACGAGGUGUUCAAGAGCCCCACGGGGAGGUUGGACGAGCUAGCCAAGCGGGAAAUCCGGGAAAGGUUGAUCGGCCUUCACAGACACACCCUCGAUAUGGGUUCCGAGUUCGGGUUGGGGAACGAGGAUGUGAUUGAGGAUGGGCUGGAGAGGAUGGACGGGUAGCUCGAAAGGCCGACAAUCCGACUGGAUUCAGAUUCGAGAACGCACAUUGUGGCGAUCAAGUGCCUGGACCUGCCGUGUCGUGUCCAACGGAAGGACAAGUCCCGCCACUAUACACUACGUAGAGGUAUCCGGUAGUCAUCGUUGACAGCGCGCUACAGU